CUUUCUUUUACGUUUAAACCAAAACAAUGGGGUCCCAAAAUGGUGUGGUUUUCGAAGAUUUUUUCCCCGCCAUGGUCGAGAAAUUGGGUGCUGAAGGUUUCAUGAAGGAGCUGUGCAAUGGGUUUCAGUUGCUUGUGGAUGGAGACAAAGGGGUGAUCACUUUCGAGAGCUUGAAGAGGAACUCGGCAUUGCUUGGUUUGCAAGAUAUGAGUGAUGAGGAGGCGGUUUGCAUGUUGAGAGAAGGUGAUCUGGAUGGGGAUGGCGCUUUGAAUGAGAUGGAGUUUUGCACCCUCAUGCUUAGGUUGAGUCCUGAGUUGAUGAACAGUUCAAGAAAAUUGCUGGUAGAAGCUAUUGUCAAUUUCUAGAUCGUUUGUCAAGAAAAUGUUCAUCACCUUUUUUGUUCACUCGUUUGCCAAUUAGAGGCAGACUUUUGUAACUUUAUUCUGGAGUCCUAGUCUCCUAGUACAUUUUCUUUUCUCCAAUGGCGAAAUUAAGACGUUGGGCUAAUAUUGUCCAAGCUUGGUUCACUACCUCCACCCUUUUUCAUGUACCAGGCCGGACAAACCCAAUUCCAACCAUUUUGUUUUCAAUCAAUCGUUAUGUUUCUUUUUCCUCAGACUCAUUUGAAGCGAAGAGCAAAGUUUUCUGCUUUAGUUAAUCUAAUUGUCUGCAGAACCUUUUUGUCA